CCCCGACUCCCCGGGAGCGGCCGGCGGGCGGCGCGGGCGCAGGCGGGCGCGGAGCGGGUGGCGGUGACAGGCGGCGCGAGCCGGCACCCCCCUCCCCCGCGCGGCGCGCCGCCGGCCCCACCAUGGAGCCCGCCGUGUCGCUGGCCGUGUGCGCGCUGCUCUUCUUGCUCUGGGUCCGCGUGAAAGGGCUGGAGUUCGUGCUCAUCCACCAGCGCUGGGUGUUCGUGUGCCUCUUCCUCCUGCCGCUCUCGCUGAUCUUCGACAUCUACUACUACGUGCGUGCCUGGGUGGUGUUCAAGCUCAGCAGCGCGCCUCGGCUGCACGGGCAGCGCGUGCGGGACAUCCAGAAGCAGGUGCGGGAAUGGAAGGAGCAGGGCAGCAAGACUUUCAUGUGCACGGGACGCCCUGGCUGGCUCACUGUCUCGCUGCGGGUUGGGAAGUACAAGAAGACACACAAAAACAUCAUGAUCAACCUGAUGGACAUUCUGGAGGUGGACACCAAGAAACAGAUUGUCCGUGUGGAGCCCUUGGUGACCAUGGGUCAGGUGACUGCCCUGCUGACCUCCAUUGGCUGGACGCUGCCUGUGUUGCCCGAGCUCGAUGACCUCACAGUGGGGGGCUUGAUCAUGGGCACGGGCAUCGAGUCAUCAUCCCACAAGUAUGGCCUGUUCCAGCACAUCUGCACUGCCUAUGAGCUGGUCCUAGCCGAUGGCAGCUUUGUGCGAUGCACACCGUCGGAAAACUCAGACCUGUUCUACGCUGUGCCGUGGUCCUGUGGGACCCUGGGCUUCCUGGUGGCCGCCGAGAUCCGCAUCAUCCCCGCCAAGAAGUACGUCAGGCUUCGGUUUGAGCCGGUGUGGGGCCUGGAGGCUAUCUGCGACAAGUUCACCCGGGAGUCCCAGCGGCUAGAGAACCACUUCGUGGAAGGGCUGCUGUACUCCCUGGAUGAGGCUGUCAUCAUGACGGGGGUCAUGACAGACCAGGCAGAGCCCAGCAAGCUGAAUAGCAUUGGCAACUACUACAAGCCCUGGUUCUUCAAGCACGUGGAGAACUACCUGAAGACAAAGCGGGAGGGCCUGGAGUACAUUCCCCUGAGACAUUACUACCACCGCCACACGCGCAGCAUCUUCUGGGAGCUCCAGGACAUCAUCCCCUUUGGCAACAACCCCAUCUUCCGCUACCUCUUUGGUUGGAUGGUGCCUCCCAAGAUCUCCCUCCUGAAGCUGACCCAGGGCGAGACCCUGCGCAAGCUGUACGAGCAGCACCACGUGGUGCAGGACAUGCUGGUGCCCAUGAAGUGCCUGUCGCAGGCAGUGCACACCUUCCACAACGACAUCCAUGUCUACCCCAUCUGGCUGUGCCCGUUCAUCCUGCCCAGCCAGCCGGGCCUGGUGCACCCCAAGGGAGAUGAGGCCGAGCUCUAUGUUGACAUUGGAGCAUAUGGGGAGCCACGCGUGAAGCACUUUGAAGCCAGGUCGUGCAUGCGGCAGUUGGAGAAGUUCGUCCGAAGCGUGCAUGGGUUCCAGAUGCUGUAUGCCGACUGCUACAUGAGCCGGGAGGAGUUCUGGGAGAUGUUCGAUGGCUCCCUGUACCACAGGCUGCGGGAGCGGCUCGGUUGCCAGGACGCCUUCCCUGAGGUGUACGACAAGAUCUGCAAGGCUGCCAGGCACUGAGCGUGGGCCCGCCCGGAAAGAGACAGACAUGUGGGUGGGCCCUGUCCCCAGGUCCAGGAGGCAUCUUCUCUUCACUCAAGCUUGACUGCUCUCCCAGAUCCACGCUUCCAGAAAGAACCCCCUCCAGAAAUCCCACACGGACUGCCCCGAUGGCUAGCUCUGGCUCCCAGAGGCAGCCGAGUGGAGGGCAAAGGAUGUGGGCUCUGGAGUCAGACGUACCUGAGUCCCAUUCCCAGUUCAGCCCCUCGUGAGCUGUGUGACUCUGGGCGAGUCACUCAGCCCUUCUGGACCCAGCUGUCCACCUGGUGAAGGGGGUCACAGUGCCUGCCCUCAGGCCGUGGGCAUCGGGGUCCGGCGGCGGUCUGGCGGCAGGUGCUGAGGGCCGUAGCUAUGCUGACUCUGGCUUCCCGCUCAGCACCGAGUCCAGGAAGGCCCCACGUGAGGUCACCUGGGCGCAGUUCUGGCUGGAAGGGUGAGGGGAUGCUCCAGCGUCGCACCCACCAUUGCUUCAGUUGGCCAGACACACCCCUCACAGACAGACAGAAGGAAGGUUCCUCUCCCUCCCCAGGGUCUCCGGAGGGCAACAGAUGGGGCAGGCAGGCCCAAGACGUGCUGUGCCAAAGCCAGGUCCCAGUCCAAAGUUCCCUGUGCCGUCCUUGGUGACGCCCUGCCCCUUCCUCCUUCCGGCCCACCGCAGCCAUCACCCAUGUCUCAGAGAGGACCGGGUCCUCGAAGACACUUCAUGGCUGCCUCCUGUCCCAGCCCAGGCGGUGUGGCUCCCGCUCUGACCUAGGGCUGGAGCACCUGCGCCCAUCCUUGGCUCCCCGACCCUCCGUGCCUCUUUUGGGCCCCAGAGCCUGCCUAGUCACGGGGGCGGGGGCUGCAUCUAUACUGCUCUGCAGCCUGGGGUGGGGGGUGGGGGGGUGGACCCCACCAAGCAGGAAGAUGGAGGUUCAGUGCGGAGUCUCACUGUGGGGCCCCAAGGAAAGACCAUCAGCUUGAUUUCUCCAACCACUCCUCCCUUCGUUCGCCCCCGCCCAUAGCUGUAGUUAAUUUCAGUGCCUUACAAAUCCUAAGCUCAGAGAAAAUUAGCCCCAUUUCCCUUCCAGAAGGAAAGGAGCCUCCCUAGGUCCUUCCUGACUUGUUAAAAGCCUAGUUGGUUAUGCAGCUCCAUCUGAAGAACGUCCCCAGCUGAGGACCCAGCCUCUGAGAACGAAGCGUGUCGUGUAGGGAGCUGGGAUGGAGUGAACCGUGCCAGGCAGUGACCUGCUGAAAGCAAGAGUGAGCACUGCACUAGGAGACAGAAGCUGGCUCUCAGGCCCUGCUGGCUUAUCAGCAAGCCGUGUGACCGUGGGCGAGUCAUCUGGCCCUGGAGCUGCGGCCCCUCACCUCCCCAGGCCUUUCCGCUGUGGGAGCACAUGACUGUCCUGGACCGUGUGCUUGCAGUGCCGCUCAAGGCCAAACCAAACCUAAACCCUCCACGUGGGCGCUGUAAGGUCCUUCCUUCAGACCAAGGCCAGCUCUCCUGUCACUCAGAGAAGCGCACCUAUGGCACGCAGGGAAGGGUCUGCGUCUUGUCACUGCAGGUUGCCAGAAGCCCGAUGGAGCCAGGCUUUCCCCGGGGGAUGCUCAGCUAUCCCCCUGCAGCCUCGGCCCACUGCCAGGUGUCCUCGCAUGGUCCCAUGAGUGCUGGGCGCGUUUGUGACCCUCAGGAGACAAAGGCACCCCCCCCUCCCCUUACCCAUUUGGCCUCUGGAGGGGGCAUGAGAAAAAUAAGAAACCUCAUUCUCCAGCUUGUCUGCAGAGCACAUGAAUUCUGGCCUUUGCCCUCCUGGUGGGCGCCUGCGUUUCCCGCUCGAUGCUAAACUGAUGAUCCUACUUCUUGUGGAGGAAUGGUUAGCCCGAGCAGAGGGGCCCGGCCAAGAAGGCCCUGGCGUCCCACCAGAGGGGCCUCCAGCCUUAAGCCGCCGGGAGGGUAGCCAGAGAUGCUAGUGGCCUCUACCGCCCUUAGUCCUAGAAAAACCAAAAUCCUGCCCUUCACAGACCUCACCCGGAAACGGGGGCUCGGAAGGGAGGGUCUCGGGAUCAUAGCAGCCUCAGGUUUACGUUCUGCUCCCAUCAUAAUGGUGACUUGCAAGCAUGGCAGGCCGCGCGACCGGCUUUUUCCCCUUAGCCAGCCCCAUCCCUGUCCAUCCAUGUGGUGGUUUCAGGGGGAGUGAAACUUGGCACUGGGGUGAGUGUGUGUGCAAAGUAAAGGGAUAGGCCUUUCCCUUCUAGAGCCCCGAGUUUCUUGGCUGCACGAAGGUUUUCUGUAGAAUCCGAGUUGCAGCCAGUUUCUUUGGCUGGAAGGUUGCAUCAUUUCAUUAGCUGUUACAGAAGGGGAAGGGGUGGGGGAUGCGUGCGGCAGUGCAUGGUGUGUGGUUUUUAUUUUUCCCAUGACCGCGGGGACCAAGGAGAAAGGCCCGAGUGUCCCCGAGCAGGCUCUUCCAGCCGCAAGAGCUGUGCUUGCUGUCGGACACACUUCAUGUCCCCGUGGCUGCGUGGCCGCUGCUUCUAUACAAAUAAAAGUGUGACCUGGA